CAAACAGCAGCACUUGCGCACCAGCAUCCCAGUUGAUAACAUCGCUCGAUCCAGAGUUCCACCAGAGAUUACCAGUGAUCCAGUCCAGCCAGUGUAUCAAGCAGAAUGUCGCACUUUACCUCCGCCGUUGCCGCACUCCUCCUCCUCAGCCUGCUCGUCAUCCUUGGCGGCCAAGGUGCCCAGGCGGCCGUUGCCAAAGUCAAGCUGAGCAAUUCAGCGCAUCCCGGCAAGUGUGUGCUGGACACGCACACGAUCCUGUCGCCGGGACAGACGGGACUGGCGCCGAAUCUGCAGUGUGUGAGGGCCGAGUGCCAUGCGGAUGGCGUGGUGACCUUCAAGACCUGUGAUGCAGUUGCUCCGCCGCCCGGCUGCAAGCAGCGCGACUUUGUGAACAUCAAUCGCGAUUUUCCCGAGUGCUGCGAGCGCAAAUACAAUUGCGAGAAGCACAUCUAAAGCUAAUUAAUUCAAUCCUACUAAUCCUACAAUUGCUCACCUUUGCAAUGGUAUUGUUUUUAACAUCGAUCCUCGAUUUUUUUUGUUUGUUUUUUUUUUUUAUUUAUUGUGUAUACUACAACAUAACAAUUAAAAUGUAAACGCUUAGCAAUACAAUUAAAUAAUUUAAUAGAAUCAUUAACAGAAAAUACAUAUGCAUGUACGCUUGCUUGUGUGGGCUUAGUUGGGUUUUUGGAGGAUGGAGGAUGGUGAGACAAGGUUUGGAUCUACCUAGCUACCUAUCUCAUCUAUAUCCGAUAUCCACUAUCCAAUAUCCAAUAUCCGAUUCGGCUCGUUCUGGCGUCGGGUUAUAUGGUACACCACCACUGGGCAUGGUUAUGAUAUAUGGCCCGAUUCGACGCUACACUACUAACUGAUUACACUAGAUGGCUGGCGCAAAGGACAUAAUAAUAUGAAAUACAAUUUAAAAAAAAAAGGUAUUUAAACAAAAUCACAAGGACGAAGAAGGCAGAGAGGUAAUGUUACUAGUUGGCUCUCCGUCCAGAACGAGGCGAAUCCGAAUGGUUAGAUUGCAUCCUUUUUGGUGUGUCUCUAUCUCUUUCUUCCAUUGCAAUUGCAAUUUCCUGUUUUUCAUAGUAACUUUUGCUAAUUCGUUUCUUGGUUGCUUGCUAGCUUGGGUUUCGCUUAUUUUUUCUGCUGUUUUGCUGUGAGUGUGGGUGUUCUUUGUGGGUGUUUUUUGUGUGUGUGUUUUUUUUGUGUGUGCUUA